AAGUCUUGGAGUUCGGUUUCGAUUUAGAUAUCAACACAAGAUUGAUUGUGUGUUUUGGUCACCAAAAAAUACUAAAAGAACCCAAAUUUUACCACGAUGGACACACUUCGAGAAGAAGUAAUGGUAAAUCAGUUCGUAAUGGUUGCAGGGUGCGCUAGAGAACAAGCUUGGCAGCUUUUACAAGCCAAACAUUGGGAUUUUCAGACUGCCCUUAGUACGUUCUUUCAAGAGGCUGCUAUUCCUACUCAUUCUAAUCAUUCGCUCGUCACUCCAGCUAAUACACCAGCAACUCCACCAAACUUCCCUGAAGCUCUUAUUGCCUUCUCCAAGCUUCGUGCGUCUGAAAAAGCACAACAAUCUUCCAACCAAAAUACCAACGAGCCAGUUAGAUGAUGGCACAGUUGCGCAACGGAGGUUAUUCCUCAGACUUGACAAGCUUAUUAUUCCUCGGAUAAAAUUUAAAAGUUAUGGAAUAUCUAUAUUAUAAACUGCUCCAAAGCUGGCCAUUUUUAUAAUUCUCAAGUCAAGCAAUCAAAAGGGUUACAGGAUCGCAAGAAAGCGGAGUUUGUUUUGUGUCGAGUUUGCCGAGCGUACCAAAAGCACCGGUGAAACGAAAACAAAACAUCGCGAUCAAGCAAGGAGGGAGAAUAUACGUUGUGAAGCGGAAAGAGAAGCAGUGGCAAAAGAGACAGAGUUUUAACACCCUUUCUUGUUUCAACUACACUUAAAUCACGAAUAUAUAAAGGGUAAACUAAAGCUAGUAGUGGCUAGUUCUUCUAGCAAAGUCGAGGUUUGUUGUGCAAAAUAUCGUCAUACAACCAGGCAUGUUAUAAAAGAGGCAUAAUUAAUUCAUAUUUUCUAUACAAUACUAUUUUAGUAGAUCUCUGUAACAAAUUUAAUAUGAUCGUAGGAAUCUGUCUUGUUAGAAUAACUGUAAACGCAAACAAAGCGAAAUUUCGAAUUCUCGAACGUUUUGAUCGCGCGCAGCUAGCUAAAAACAAAAAUAUUAAUGACGUAAUAAUAUUGCAGAAAGUUCAGAUCUGAUUCAAAACAUCUUGUUCAGUUAAGAAGUAAGCUUUUAUAUUUGAAAUAUGACGUUUCUUCAUGUGAAGAGAAAAAUGAAAAAAUGCUUGAACUCUGUCUCGAAAUGGUAUUUAUAAAUAUUGAUCAAUUUUCUAUGUUCAUGGACAUUCAAAAUGGAUCUGAAAAACGUCGAUUUGUUGCAGGAGAACCCAACUAGCUUAGUUACUACGGUUUGUAAAUAAAUACGUUUUGAAAUAUAAA